AUGGGGGAAAAAAAGAAGAGCAGUUAUACUUGGCCUAAAACUGGCUAUGAGAACCAUACACAAGAAAUGCAGUCUGUAACGAGUGACAAUGACUCAUCCGCAGAAAUGCUGAAUCUCCUUGCCAGCUUGUACUUGAACCCACAGUACAGUGAUUUGACUAUUAUCUGUGGCACUGAAGUCUUUCCAGCCCAUCGGAACAUUGUCUGUCCUAGAUCUGCUUACUUCGCGAGGUCAUGUGGUGGAAAUUUCAAGGAGGCAUCGGGGAAAAUUGAACUCGGAGACCAAGAUCCGAUUGUGAUUAGAAAAGUGCUCCAGUUUCUUUAUACCGGCGAUUAUACUCCUGGCAUCAACAGAGAUGAAGAGAAGGAAAUCAAUCCCGAACAGUCAUCGGAAGAGCCUUCUCAGGACGGCACCUCCCCACCAGAAUACCAAAGAGACUUCACUGCAUGUCAAUUCCACGUUCGGAUGUAUGUUCAAGCCGACUAUUUCCAGAUCGAUGGUUUAAAAAGCAAAACAGAAAGAUACUUCCGGGCGUCCUUUUUAGACCGGCUCAAUAGGGAGUCGUUCGAGGCAGUUAUCACAGAAAUAUACACCUUAACACCUGAAUCUGAUGAUCAGAUCAGAGAUGCGGCAGUAGCAUUGACGAUGGACAACCUGGAUAUUCUUCGAAAUGAGACAGAGGCAAUUCUUCUCGAUGAAUUUUUGAAGCGGUUACCAGCUUUUGCUGCAGAUAUUUCUAUUUCAUUUUUAAAAAAUCGCGGCGUACCUCGGAAACGGCUGGCUUCCAUCUCUGAUUGGUAG